ACGUGGAAUUUGAGUCGCAGAAACUUACUUUUGGCUGCGCCUGAUGCGGCCCCCUUUAAAUGCAGGAAACAGUCCGGUGAUGUGGAUGAGGUCAUAACGCAUGGGAGCUGUGCAAAUCUGGAUGUUUGCCUUUAGACAGGGACUUUAAAAGCCUAUGGUUUUCCGCUUACUUCCUCUUACUUUUAAAAGUCACGGUCACAGUCACAUGACGCAAAGUUUCGCUUGCAGUCCAGGUUUGGUGGUGAGUCUGUGUGCCUGCCAAGCGGAGCCGCGUGUCUAUUUGCUGAUAACCCGCAAGGAAACAUGAACGUCUCCCUCUUCGACGUGACCCAGGUCGCACUCUUCAACGGGAGUCGGACCCUCGCCGGAACUCUGGCUACAUACUCCGGCAAUGGCACCGACAACGUGGUGACCGGCGACGGCGGAGGGUCCCUAGUGCUGCUACAAGAGGAGCGCAAACUAUUUGUCAUGCGUGUGGUGCAAAUCGCGGUGCUGUGCGUGCUAUCGCUCACCGUGGUAUUCGGUAUUUUUUUCCUCGGGUGCAACCUGAUGAUCAAAUCGGAGAGCAUGAUUAACUUCCUGGUGAAGGACCGGAGACCCUCCAAAGACGUGGAGACGGUCAUGAUCGGGCUCAGCUAGAACGGGGAGAGCAGGUAUAUAGUGGAGAACUGGAGCGGGGAUCCGGUAUGAGGAUCUGGUGCGCAUUUCCAACCGCAGGUCAAGAUCUGCAUCUGCAUGUACUUCGAAGACGCUCUCUCUAUGUCCUGCUGGUGGAAGAUAUGCAAAAACUUCACAUUUCCUUCCGAAAUGACCACAGGAAAGCAGUCCAGCGACCAAUGUUUGUGCGUAAAGUUUGUGCGUAAAGGACAGGCAAUUGUUUACACGUGGGCCGAUCUGUUGAAUCUUUUGAGUGAAUUUAAUAUUGCCAACUUGAACAAAGUGACGAAAUGUUUACAAGCUGUUACCUCAUUUUUUGUGUAGUUAUUUUCCUUUUUUUUUUUUGUAAAUUUGAAAUGAUUGUUAAUUAAUGUUUUUAAAACAGUCAAAAGCAUGAUUGUGAAUUCUUAUAGUUCCACGUCUGCCAGUGUACUCCGUGGACUUGAUGGAUAUGUGGGUAUUCUCUAUACAAAGUAUUUUUCUUGGUCUCGUUGGGUAAAUACAUUCUAAACACGGAAAUCUUGUAUGUUUUCAACAAACUCCGUCACAGCUUUAUGGAGUCUUUCUGGUCCUGUUUGGCAUGCUCGCUAAUUGAUCUGUAAAGUGAUUUUUGGACCCGUUUUGCACUUUUGAAAUCACUGAUGCUGCAUGAAUUAUUUUGUACCAAAAAAAAAACAACUUUGAACCCGAAAUUGCAGCAUGCAAUUAAAACAUUGAAAUGGC